GAACACAUUAUUACGCGGUUUUGUAAAAAUUAAUAAAAGAUUGAAAGGAAAAAAAAAUUCUAAGAAUAGUAAAAUGGAAAAAUCUCUCAAUAACCAUUGACACCGUAGAUUCAGAUUCUGUGUUCGUUUUAUAGUUUCAAUUCAUUCAUUUUUGGUCGUUUUGACAAAAUUUCAUGCAGCCUUCUUCUUAACCAAGUCGUCUCUCUCUUUCUCUGAAGGUGUUGUGGAAAUUGAUGAUCUGGGUUUUCAUCAAAAGGGUCUAAUUUGAUAGAUUUGGAUCUGAUCCUGAUCAUUGGAUCAAUUCUUUUCUCGAAAAGAAAAAAUGGGUGUUGAUUACUAUAACAUAUUGAAGGUGAAUAGGAACGCCACAGAAGAUGAUUUGAAGAAAGCUUACAGGAGAUUGGCCAUGAAAUGGCACCCUGAUAAGAAUCGUAAUAACAAAAAGGAAGCCGAAGCUACAUUUAAGCAGAUCUCUGAGGCUUAUGAGGUAUUGAGUGAUCCUCAGAAGAAACAGAUUUAUGAUCAAUAUGGUGAAGAAGGAUUAAAGGACAUGCCACCACCAGGAACAUCUGGAUCUCCAUUUGGAAAUGGAGGUUGCUCAAAUGGGUUUAAUCCAAGGAAUGCAGAGGACAUCUUUGCAGAGUUCUUUGGAAGUAGUCCUUUUAGUUUUGGUUCAUCAGGACCAGGGAGAUCUAUGAGGUUUCAGUCAGAUGUAGGAGGAGGAAAUUUUGGUGGAUUCGGUGGCGGUGAAAAUAUUUUCCGGUCGUAUAGUGAAGGUUUUGUUCCAAAGAAACCACCAGCUGUGGAGAGCAAAUUGCCUUGCAGCCUUGAGGAACUAUAUUCUGGCUCAACUAGGAAAAUGAAGAUCUCAAGAACUGUAGCAUGUGCCAAUGGGCGGCAAAUACCCGAGUCGGAAAUAUUGACCAUAGAUGUAAAGCCAGGAUGGAAGAAAGGAACCAAGAUUACUUUCCCAGAUAAAGGUAAUGAACAGCCAAACCAACUUCCAGCAGACCUUGUGUUUGUAAUUGAUGAGAAACCCCACGAGUUAUACAGCAGAGAUGGCAAUGACCUCAUUGUAAACCAAAAAGUGUCACUAGCCGAAGCAUUGGGUGGAACUACUCUAAAUCUCACCACACUCGAUCAUCGCAGCCUAUCAAUACCAGUGUCAGAUGUUGUGAGCCCUGGCUAUGAGCUAGUUGUCUCCAAGGAAGGUAUGCCAAUUGCAAAAGAGCCUGGUAACAGAGGUGAUUUGAGGGUCAAGUUUGAGAUUAAGUUUCCAACAAGGCUGACUCCUGAGCAACGAGCAGGACUAAAGCGCGCUUUGGGAGGUUGAGAAUUGAAUUGAGAUAGAUUGAAGAUGAUGGAUUGUUUCUUCAGUGUAUAUUAUUAGCCAACAGCUUUGAUCAUAGAUAGAGUUUGAAGCUGCUGCAAUUGUUCAAAGUUUAAACCAAAGUCUCAAGAGGUUUUGCCUUUAAGAUAUGGCCCCCCAUAUGACUAUUCAUAAAUCUUUCUGUGUGUUCAUAAACCUCUACUCUGUUCAUUCUUUGUAAUUGUACCAUCACUUUUCUGAUACUUGUAAUUAGUGUAUUUUUUAUGUUAGGUUUCUUGUUCCAGUUCAUGUGAUCUUACAGAUUGAACUCUCAUCUGUGAUGUAGAAUGUUCUGUAUCAUAUCAUUUAUAGGAAAAUUAUACUAUUUUGAGGUUAA